GCCCCGUGUGAGGAGUCUCUUCCGCUGACGGGCCAAUCGGUCAACGGGUGAGUGUACCCCCAUAAGUUAUGGGGCAGUCCUCUUCUAAAAACGACCCCCCUGUUGAACCAAAGAGGUUCUACCCCUCGCUAGACCCCUUUGACGCGGCUCCUUGGCCCCCGGACCUCCAACCCGGAUCUCUGGCUGAGGGCCCCCCUGCGCGCCCCCCUUCUACUAACCCCUUUAUCCAACCGUUAGCGCCUACCCCUCCGCCUCCAUACUGCCCUCCUCCUUCGGAACACCACAACUUAAGAAGGCAGUUCUGGAGGAUGGGCCUAAUGCCCCCUGGACCGAAACCAUCCUCCGCGGACUUGCAUAUUCUCCCUGUACGGCGGCAGACUGGCGCUCGCUGGCCAGGGCCAUACUUCCGGGCGCCCUAUAUAUAA